CUCUCUGUCUUUUGCAAACGAAACUGAUCUGAAAAUAACCCUUUUCUGUUUGAUUAAGAUACAUAUAUAAAGCAAGAGGUGCUUGAGAAUAACAAAAAAACACCAUGGUUCAGGGACCUGCAUCUCGGAAGAUUCACUUCUCCAUUGAUGAUAAAGAUGGUCGUGAUGAACUCACCACUACGGAUGGCCUUCAGCUUUCUCUAUUUGGUUCUGUUAACGAUAAGAAAGAGAUUGAUAAAGGAUUCGAAGUCUCUGAAACUGAUUCCAAGCGUAUUAAACUCAUGGGUUAUCUUGAAGAGAUUGGAGCAGAGAAUGUAUCCGAAAAAUCUAGUCCUCUGGGGUUGACACUCAGGAAAACUCCAUCUUUUCUAGACCUAAUAGAGAUGAAGCUAUCUCAGGGAAGGAAUCUUACUCGAAGCGACACAGAAUCAGAGAAAGAGAAGAGCAGCGCAGGGAGCGAAGAGAUUACGGUCCAACCUACUUUAGAGAAGUUGAAAGCUUCGAAUUUCCCUGCAAAUUUUCUCAGAAUCGGUACCUGGGAGAGAGUUACUAUAUACGAAGGCGAUUUGGUUGCAAAGUGUUACUAUGCAAAGCGUAAACUGGUUUGGGAAGUGUUGGAGCGUGGAUUAAAGAGUAAGAUCGAGAUUCAGUGGUCAGACAUUUCUGCCAUUAGAGCAACCUUCCGGAAGAACGAAGCUGACAUUCUUGAAAUUGAGUUAUGCCGUGCGCCAAUGUUCUUCAGAGAGACGAACCCACAACCCAGAAAGCACACACUUUGGCAAACUGCGUCGGAUUUCACUGGAGGUCAAGCUCCCAUAUACAGGAGGCACUAUGUCAAAUUCCCUGAAGGAACCCUUGAGAGGCAUUAUGAGAAGCUCUUGCAAUGUGACAACCGGUUGAUGAAUUUGAGCAAGAAGCCUUUCCCACCACCACACUCUCCUUACUUCUACUCAAAUCUUUAUGGGUACCCAGAUACCUCUUUCAGUUUCAACGGCCAUCGGCUACUUUCGCAGUUUCCCCAUUUAAGUCUUCCAAGGCCUAAUGCAAUGCUUCUGCAUCAACUUCAGAACUUUGAUGCACUCAGACCUCCCUUCACUGUCAAUGAUUCAACUUCCCCCAUGUCAGUUAUGGACUUCCCUCAUAUCAAAGAGAAUGGGAUUACUUACAGUAGACAACAGCAUCAAAGGGCUCCAAUUUGGGUUCAAGGCAUAAGCAAUGGCCAAAAUAUCUAUAGCAGAAAGGGAGAAGUUGGUGAACUACCCUCUAUUCUUUCUACUAGGCAAGGUAUUCCUCCCAUUUCUCAACAUGAAGUUUAUCAUCAACAUAUGCCUUGUGGAGGUCAAUCUACGAACAACAUAUUACUGAGCGAGAUCGCCGAUCAAUUGCUAAAUGACCCUUUUGCGUCAGCGUUAUCUGAUGAGCAAAGAGUUUUAGCCAAGGUGAGGUCUAUGGAUAACCUCCUUGACACUUCAAAGGAAUCAAUUCCAACAUCAGGGAAUGCCGGCGGCGCAAACGUGGAGCGAUCAAUAGGAGGGAGUGACCUUCUAUGCCCUCAGCCACUUAACUUUUUUCCUACCCAAGGUUCUAAUGAAAAUCAAUUGAUGAAUCUCACAAGAUGCUCAUCAUUUACACCCUUCUUUGUGGAUCCUGCAAUGGAAGAUGCUGCAUCUGUUGAUCCUGCAAAUGAAGUUAAGCAAUGGUGAUGGGAUUUAUGGGUGAUGGACUUGUAAAUUCAUUUUGAUUUUGUUUCUUUUUUUGGUUUUUAGAUAGGAUGCAUAAGGAGUUUAUGCCAUUAUGGUCAUGGACUCAUUCGAACUCACUCUCUCUCUUAGUAAAUUGCUAUUAAGGUCCC